UAAGUACUCCAUAAACCUCUUAACAGAAUUACCUGUUUCAUUUUUGGCCACACCAACAGAUACUACACACUCGUUUCUGAACUUCGCCGGAAAACCAUGGCCGGAGUUCUGAACGUUUCACCGGCUCCAAUUUUCCGGCCAAUUUCAGCUCACAAACGCUCUACAAAUAACAGAGUCUUUUUAGUAAAAUCAAUGGCUCGAUCUUCAGAUAGUUCAAAUGGUUCUGUGAGCACUAAAGAGGAACCCAAAUCGGAUUUUUCAUUUUCAGCGCCGCCGAACUUCAAGGCGCCGAAGCCUAAGCCAUUUACGCCGAGAACUGAUAUGAUUUUGGACAUAUUAAGUGCUUCUCUUGCUUUGAUUUUUCGCCUUGGUACUGGUGCUCUUGUUUCUGGGUAUUCAGCAUCUUUUGUCUCCAAAAAUGAGGUUCCGUCUGACCAGUAUGCACUUGGAAUUGCUGGCUUCAAGGUGAAGGAGAGUUCAAAGUUAGGUCCUCGACCUGAGAAGCCAAUAGAGAUAUAUGAGUUUGAAAGCUGCCCGUUUUGUAGGAAGGUUAGGGAAAUAGUUGCUGUUUUAGACCUUGACGUCCUUUAUUAUCCUUGCCCAAGAAAUGGUCCAAAUUUCCGUCCCAAGGUUGGUCAGAUGGGUGGAAAGCAGCAGUUCCCCUAUAUGGUUGAUCCAAACACUGGAGUUGCAAUGUAUGAAUCAGAUGAGAUUAUUAAGUAUUUGGUUGGAAAGUAUGGUGAUGGAAAUGUCCCACUUAUGUUGUCCCUUGGUCUUCUCACUACACUUACUGCAGGUUUUGCCAUGAUUGGUCGAAUGGGGAAGGGGUCUUCCUACAGGCCAUCUAAACUGCCACCGAAGCCGCUUGAGAUAUGGGCAUACGAGCCGUCUCCAUUUUGCAAAGUUGUACGUGAAGUGCUUGUAGAAUUAGAGCUUCCCCACAUACUCCGCAGUUGUGCUCGUGGUAGCCCCAAACGCCAAGUAUUAUACGAAAGAGUUGGACAUUUCCAGGCCCCAUACUUGGAAGAUCCAAAUACUGGAGUACAAAUGUUUGAAAGUGCAGAUAUUGUGGAUUAUUUACAGGCAACUUAUGCUCUUUAAGGAGAUAGGAAACCAGCCAUGAGGCUCAAAGUUUCUUCUCUUAUUAGAGAGAUGAAAGAUGCCCCGUGGGACAGUGAUGUUUCAUCGACAUCCUCAUCGAAUCUGCAUCUUCAGUCGGUAAAAGUAAAUGGCUCCGGUACAUCCCAAAAGAUUGUUCUAUGUUGCUUAAAGCCAACAGGGAACUUCACUCACUUUUCGCGUUGUUAUUGAUUCAGUAUGUUAUUAUUCCAUGUUGUGUUAUUUUUAUUAACAGUUCACUUCAGUUAAAUAUUUUGUGUUAGACCAUGGCUUGGUUAUAGUGGCGACUAGCAUUGUAUAUAUGCACUCUCUAGAGCAACUAUUGGGAUUUACCAUGUAUGACUUGUAUAUUUUACAACAAAAACAACAACCUAGUGAGCAGCCUUUGGUAAUAUAUAUACAUUCUGGCAUUUUAGUUUUA